AUGCGAUCCGGUGCUGCAUUCGCAUUACCGCCUGCAUCAAUUCCAAUGGAAUGUAUCUGUUUGUGGCAAAUUACAAAUGAUAAGGAACGUCAUGAUAUCGAUUACUCAAUAGCUACUACUACAACUUGUAACAAGUAUGCAUCACGUAUCGAGAAACGUGCACGAAAAUCUCGAAAGGAACCGCUUGCAUGCCUUGAACCUCCGUGUGAUAUGUAUGGUAUGCCGUUACUGUUGACAACGACGUCGGCUUCAACCACGACCACGCCGACCACCAAAUUCGUCACCUUAUCGACGACAAGACGUUCAGUACUACCAUCAUCGUCUGCGCAUGUGCAUGCAACUCUUAUCAAAGGUACGUCCUGGUUGAUAUCAGAUGGUCUUUCAGAUCCGGUGAAACUAUUCGAUUGGCUGGUUGAAAAUCGUGGAGCGAAUGUGGCACAUUUACUGCCACAACUGAUACCGCUUCAUGAAAUGAGCCGAAUAAAUGAAACGCUUCUCAACUGGAGUAGUCUUAGUGCUGAGAAGAAAGUAGAACGUGCCCGACGUAUCGUACAGAUGUAUUCUGAGAAUGCAGUCGAAUACGAUAGCGAAGUAGGAAAUUCCGGCAGUGGUCAGCGUAUCGCGCGCGGUCCUAGCAGUGGUACAAUACUAGCUACUUUAGUGAAACCCACCUUCAAAGAUGGUGAGGAGACAGCUAGGAGCCUUGCAUCACCAGCAGGACGAACCGUGAAAUUGAGCUGUCGAGCCACUGGUUAUCCGGAGCCGAGGGUCGUGUGGCAUAAAAAUGGUGCGAUUAUAACCGAAGCUAGUCCAAGAAUGACUGGAGCCGACUUCAAAAUCCGAAAAGGAAUGCUGGAGAUGGAGGAUGCGGCGGAGAGCGAUUCGGGAAAGUACAUGUGCGAGGUUUUCAAUUCAUUGGGUACAAUACGUCGCACAUUCAACGUAACGAUCAUCAAUCGUAUGCGUGGACCGCCGAUAAUCGUACCAAAUAUCCUCGUCAAUCAAACGGUGAACGUAAAUGGAACAGCCGUGUUUCAUUGCCGAGUUGUUUCCGAUCUGACGCCCUACAUCUUUUGGGUACGAAUCGAUCGCGUCAACGGAUCACUGCACUAUUACAAUGAAACUGCAAAAGAGUACAUGUUUAAGUACACGGAAAUGGAUGCGAUCGAGAAUGCUAACGUCGUUACGAACGAUGAUGAAUCCACUCUGACACUCGUCAAUGUCACUUUGGAAGACCAAGGCAUAUACGCAUGUAUCACAGGGAAUUCACUUGGAUCGGUGCUUGCAAAUGCGACGUUGACUGUGAAUGAGUUCCUCGGCAUGGUUUUGUUAACAGGAAACCCUGAGCCUGAGUAUUCGACAUGGAGCAUACGUCAGUUUUUUCUGUAUCUCUGUGUCGCAUACUACAUUUGUUUCCGUAUAACAAAAAAGCGCCGAGAUCUGGAAGAUCGUGUUGGACUCAUGCCAAAAAAGAAGAAGUUGUUAGUAAAGCUUAAUAUCCCAAAAUUUUUUGUUCUUAAGAUUGUCGAGCAAGCGCCUUCAACGAAAGGACGGCGUCCCCGACUUAGUUCGGAUUUGACGCUGCUCUCCGAUUACGAGAUCGAUCCCGAUCCGCUUUGGGAAAUUGAUCGAUCGAGACUCGAAUUGGUUGAUAUCCUGGGCGAAGGAGCGUUUGGAGAGGUGUGGAGAGGUAUUCCUGUAGCUGUGAAGAAGCUGAAAUCAUCUGCACAUGAAAAAGAGCUAAUCGAUCUGGUUAGUGAGAUGGAAACAUUCAAAAUCAUUGGACGUCAUGACAAUCUGCUGAGACUAAUUGGGUGCUGCACCGGCUCGGGGCCGCUUUAUGUAGUGCUGGAGCUAUGUAAAUAUGGCAACUUGAGAGAUUUCCUCCGAAUCCACCGUCCAAAGGAAGAUAAGCAGGAGGCAAUGGCGAAACAUAGCGGCGAACUAGCCGACUACUUGGAGCCACGGAAAUGGACGGAUAAACAAGACAAACAGAUUGCCAUUCAUAAUAUCACCCACAAGCAUCUUGUCCAUUUCGCUUGGCAGGUAGCGAAAGGAAUGGAGUUCAUGGCGAACAAAAAGAUAAUUCACCGUGACUUGGCCGCCAGAAAUGUUCUUGUCGCGGAGAAUUUCGUCAUGAAAAUAUCCGACUUUGGUCUAUCGAGAGAUGUUCACUGCAAUGACUACUACAGAAAGAAAGGCAAUGGGCGGCUGCCCAUCAAAUGGAUGGCAUUGGAAGCUCUCGAUUCACAUAUGUAUACUGUUGAAAGUGAUGUCUGGUCAUAUGGGAUUCUGUUAUGGGAAAUUAUGACAAUGGGAGGUACACCGUAUCCAACAAUCGCAAUGCCUCAGCUUUACUCAGUCCUCAAAGGUGGUUACAGAAUGGAAGCACCACAGAAGUGCCCAUCUGAGAUAUAUGAUCUCAUGGUAUCAUGUUGGCAGGAAAAGCGAGAAAAGCGUCCGACUUUCAAAAUGAUCGUGGACUACUUGGACUGGAUGUUACAGGAUGCAGAUGUGAGUUUCAGUGGGAUCUAUUCAAAUUGUACUACUCAAUAG